GCACGUGCUUAACUUCCGGAAAUGUGCAUUCUGGGUAACAUCAAACAUGGCGCUAGGUGACGAACUCGUACUUGCCGGUGAUCCCGAGGAAGAGCCAGAAGCUGAGGAAGAAGAAGAGGAUGAAGAAGAUAUCGUUGACCCACACGAUGUCCUGAAAGAUUCGUGCAGACAAUCAGAAAGCUGUCAAAAACUUGAUUUAAAACUCAUUGAAUGCACCAAACGAGUGGAAAGUGCUGGAGAGACAGAAGAGACUUGUCACGAAGAAUUCAGCAAUUUGGUCCACUGCAUAGAUCAUUGUGUUGCACCAAAGUUGUUUAAGAAACUGAAGUAACAUCAAUGUUUUCUAGAGACUUUAGAUAAACUGUUGUAUUGGACAACUCGGACAGGAACAUCAAUGGCCGACUCACUCUGGACUUACCAUCAUGGGAUCACUGUGGUUCGUGUGGCUAUGAAAUCCAGCUGUUUUCUCCAUUUGGAUUUAGAAAGAUCAUUUGAAAAUAGAAAACAUUGACAUUUACAAAACUUUAUGUAGUGUGCAAAUGGUAAGGAGAUGUGUUAUAUAAGGAAUUAAUAAAUUUGUAUUGGAUGUUA